AGUGGCGGAGUAGAGACAAUGGUGCAAGGGGAACAGAGGCGAGUUAAAGGCGAUUUGAAAGCGGCUUCCGCAAUGUUGGAGGAGUUCGACCCGGAGGACCAUGACUCCAAUAUCGAUAGAUGGUUGUCCAUGAUAGAUCAGUUGGGCGAGGUGCAUGGAUGGUCUGAGUAUAAAAAAAGCUAUUUCAUGCAGAUGAAAUUAAAAGGCGCGGCGAGAACAUGGUUUAAUAGGCGAGAUGAUUUUCAGCUUAGCUGGGCGGAAUGGAAGGUAAGCUUGAAGAGGGCGUUUCCCAGGCAGCAUGAUUUUGCUGUCUGUCUGGAGGAACUGGUGGAAAGGCGCAAAGUGGCGGACGAGACCAUGACUCGAUACUUCCAUGCAAAAUUGGCGUUGUGUGGACGUGUUGGUAUUGAGGGCGAAAAGGCAGUGGCGUGUAUAAUAAGGGGAUUGCCAGAGGAACUUCGAGCGAAUGCUUAUGCGUGUAGGUGCGACACACCUGAGGCGUUGUACUCGCAGUUUCUCGCGGGUUUGGAAAAUUAUAGGUUUCCUAGGGCGACAGGAACCAUUAGGAAGGGCGAGUCCUACUCUUCAGUGGCGAAGGCGAGGCGUUCAAGUACAGGGGCGACGAAGAGUAGGAGACCGGCGACAGGAAAUGCCAGGCCAUUAAGACGCUACAACUGCCAAGAAUAUGGGAACCAUAUGAGUAGGGACUGCCCGAAGCCUAGGCGGGAGAGAUGCAGUUACUGUGGAAAUGAAGGCCACUUCUUCGAGAGGUGUCCCAAGAGGCGAAGACGUGGCGAUCAAGAGAGCAGCGGCGAGAAGGGCGACACUCCGGUGAAAGUCAGCUUGGGUAACCGGCAAUAGGUGCAGAGGGCGUUACAAUGGUGGUGGCGGACGGCAAGGCGACAUUCAUCAAAGAAAAGGAGGUGGACGACCUGUUGAGGGACAUUACUC